CUCCAUAACCAAACUCGUUCUGCAUCCCCACCUCUCAACCUCCACUGACUGUACAGAAUCUCACCCGAAAGCGAACGAACGAUCGACAAUGGUGUCCAGUACCGCUUGGAAUUGGCUCGUCUCUGUUCAAGUUCUGCUAAUCUCUGCCGGUGUAGUCUCCAUAGCCACGGCGUUGAAGUUCUCCGUGAUUCCGCUGAUUUCAGAGCUCUCGAGCUCUUACCUCCCGCCACUGCGGACCUCGAUCGUCGCCUGGCUUAAGCCGCCGUUCCUGUUCCUGAUCAUCAACGGCAUCAUCAUCACCAUUGCCGCCUCCUACAGGUUCCAGUACCAGAGCAGCCGCGAAGUCUCUCCCCAGCCGAUUCCUGAUCCGCCGGAGAGAGUAGUGGAGGUCAGGCAAGUCACGGUGGUUGCUUCGGGAGGCGACAUGCACGAGGUUUACGAAGACAAGCGGGUGGUGGCUGAGGAGAGCAACAAGGAUAAUUGCUUGGCGAUUGAAGGUGGCGCCAGCGACAGAUAUGAUGAGGCGGAGGUGCUCGUGGACUCGAGGUCGCCGGUAGUGGAAAUGUACUCGACGGAGGUGGUUCGGCCGGCGACCCACUCACUGGCGAAAAAGCCUAAGCCUUCCCCUAGAUUCUUCCACCGGAAAUCGCUUAGCGGAAUCUCCGGAGGUGGCAGAGCUCCGAGAGCCGGAGAUUUCGAGCGGCACGAGACGAUGGAGGCGACGUGGAAGGCGAUCACAGAGGGGCGGGUGACGACGCCGACGACGGUGAUGAGGCACUUGAGCAGGAGCGGCUCGUGGGAUGAUCGGGAGGGUCCGCAGAUCAGCCCACUGGAGUUGGGGCCGCCACCACCUCCUCCUUCUGCUGCUGCUCCACCGACGGUGAAAAAAUCGGAGACUUUUAAAGACCGGAGCAAUCGGCUGCAGCUUCCGCCUCUGUCGCCGGUGAAGCUGAGGAAGGAGCCGUCACUGAGCCCAGAGGAGCUGAACCGUCGGGUGGAGGCGUUCAUAGAGAAGUUCAACGAGGAGAUGCGGCUGCAGAGGCAGGCGUCGUUGGAACAGUUGAAGGAGACGAUGGGCCGUGGGCUCUAACAUGCUUUUUUUUGCCCCAAAACAUUUUAGUAUAAAUAUAUAGAAUUAAUUAAUAUGGACAAAAACUCUAAUACAUAGAUAGAUAGAUAGAUUCAUAGAUAAUAGAAACAUAUUUAGGAAGUUGGAAAAAAGUAUAGGUUUUUUUUUCCUGCUAGCAUUCAUGGGUAGAUAUUAUCCAAGAAAAAAAAAUAUAUGAUGGUUAGGUGAUUUUUCCUUUUUUAUUUUUAAUUUUUUGCGAAGAGAAAAAAAGAAAAUUGACCUUUGUUCUUUUAUUUGUAAUGUUUGUAUAUGAACGAAAAGAAUAUAUUUUUCUUUUUGUA